ACUGGUAUGAGCGUCAAAUGUCUAUCUCUCUCUAUCUCUCUCUGUAUGGUCUAUAUAUAUAUACGUACAUAUCUGCAUUGACAGAAGAGAACUGAGCAGACACAACCGAACCGACCCAGGUCCUUCGGUCCCGUGCAAAAAAACAGAGAGCCACCAAACCCCAAUUCACAGCCUCUCUCUCUUCCCCCCUCAUGUGGGCAAUUGGGUCGGGUCCCACAUUCUGAUGAGAGAUUCCCAAAUCCUCAGAGACGAAGAUCCACACAUUCCUACGUAAGACCCAGCCCUACGUUUCCUUCUCCCAUCCCCUUAAGCCUUUAGCUUCCUCCCUUUAUAACUUCACUCCUCUCUGUUUUUUCUUCUUCUCUAUCCUUGUUUCUGAACUCAAUAGUUUGAUUUUUUGUUAAUUUCAUCUGGGUACCUCGGGUUAUUGGUUUUUCUCUCUUUGGUCCAUCUGGGUAGCUCUGGUUUUGAGUGUUUUUAUUGAUUCGUCGCGGCUUUUUUGAAAGAUUUGAUUUUGAUUUUCUUCAUCUGGGCACCUUUGAUUUCGAUUGAUUUAGCUGUGUAUUUUGGGGAUUUGGAAUUUGGGGCCUGAUUUGGGAUCUGCGUCGGUGCUGUUUUUGGAUUUGGAGGUCCGUCAAUGGGCGCUUUGGACGAGGGGCAUUUCUGCUCGGAGCUUGAGAAUGGAGUGAAGCUGGGUUGCAUUGAGCUGAGUUUCGAGGAAGAACCCGAAACCAUAGCUAUUGAGGAUGCUGUCAAAGUUCUCAUGCAGGGCUUGGGGGAGGAUGUUAACAGAGAAGGCUUGAAGAAGACGCCUUUUCGGGUUGCGAAGGCCCUCAGAGAAGGAACAAGGGGUUACAGACAAAAGGUUAAGGACAUUGUGCAAGGUGCUUUAUUUCCUGAAGCUGGUCUGGACAAUGCAGUUGGUCAUGCUGGAGGAGCUGGUGGACUUGUAGUCGUUCGAGAUCUUGACCUCUUCUCGUAUUGUGAAUCUUGUAUGCUGCCGUUCCAGGUUAAAUGUCAUGUGGGUUAUGUCCCUUCUGGUCAACGGGUUGUAGGCUUAAGCAAGCUCUCUCGAGUAGCUGAUGUGUUCGCAAAACGUCUCCAAGAUCCCCAACGUCUAGCGAAUGAAGUGUGUUCAGCUUUGCAGCAUGGAAUCAAACCAGCAGGUGUUGCAGUCGUACUCCAAUGUUUGCACGUCCAUUUCCCAAAUCUGGAAUCAGUUUUUCUUGACUCGAACCACCAAGGAUGGGUAGAGUUACUGGUCAGCGCAGGUUCAGGAGUCUUUGAAAAUAAAAAUGCCAAUAUUUGGGCUGAUUUUUGGAGUCUGCUGAGAUUCAGAGGCAUAAAUGUGGAGAAAACUCGCGUGAGAGACAAACAAAAUCACCAUUGGUGUCCAUCUCGAUCUUCUGCUGGUGCAAUUGCUACCUUCAAGAUGGAAUCUGUCAAUCCGGGAAUGGUGACUGCGGUAGCUUCAAUUCUUAGGUCACUGGGUGAAGACCCAUUAAGGAAGGAGCUUGUAGGAACACCUUCUCGUUUUGUGAAGUGGUUGAUGAACUUCCAAAAUAGUAACUUCGAUAUGAAGCUGAAUGGCUUUGUUUCUGACAAUGGAGAUAACUUCAAGGAAAAGCACAUCCAUUCCGAGCUGAACUUGUCAUUCUGGUCUCAGUGUGAGCAUCAUCUACUUCCUUUCUACGGUGUUGUGCAUAUAGGAUAUAUGUGCACCGAAGGAUCCAAUCCCAUUGGAAAAUCUCUUUUGCAAUCGAUUGUGUGUUUUUACGGUUUUAAGCUCCAAGUACAAGAAAGACUCACGCGACAGAUAGCAGAGACGAUAUCACCACUGUUAGGUGGAGAUGUGAUUGUGGUUGUGGAGGCUAGCCACACCUGUAUGAUCUCUAGAGGAAUCGAGAAGUUUGGAAGCAGUACAGCAACAAUUGCUGUACUGGGUCGAUUUUCAACUGACCCUGCUGCAAGAGCCAAGUUUAUGCAGAGCAUUCCAAACACCGCCGUUUCAGGACGAUGAUCCUAGUUCAUCAACAAAUUUUAUUAAGAUAUCUAUUUUUCUCACGUGAUUUCUUGGCGAGGCAUUUGAUUAUCCAUCGUACCAGCUUGACCGUGAUAAGUCGAAGCUCAAGGAUGUCCUCCGAGCAAAUCUCGGUAGUCUUGCCCAUUUUUGGUGUUGGCGGGUGUUGAAGUUUUGAUUCGAGGAGUCCAAAGUUUUGGUCUUUUAUCUUCUUCUACUGUCUGUAGCAGAAGCCCUUGCGAGAUUCCAAGGCCUGUCUUUGUUUCAAAGAUUAUGUUUUCUCGGUGCUUUUUUUGUUGUUCCUUUUCUGGAAUACGAAGGAAGAAUGCUGAAUACGAAUAAUACGUUCAACAAUUUUUCA